AUGUCCGUGCUGCCAAGGGGUUUCGAAGGUCUCCGCCCCGCCCCUCGAUACGGGCUCGUCAGGGGCGAGUACAGCGUAUUUUACAAAAGGCCUCGUUGCGGACAACCGAGGCCGCAACCAUUCCAGAAAGAAUCCCCUAGAUACAUGAGCGGACCGACCAAUGCGCCAGCUGAAAGACCGUGUUGCUACGACUACCCCUGUAAAGCCGACUGCUUCAAUCACGGGGCCUGCACGAGGCCAAGUGGAAGGUACGCGCGCACCGUGUGGUAUCCGGGGGAGUGCUGUCCGAUGGUCCCUCCCUGUCAAGCUUUCACCUGCCCGAAUCCUCCAUAUCACCCGUGCUGUUAUCACACUUGUAACAAACUCGUCUAG